GAUUGGCAACUCCAAGUCGUCAACAUUUUGUCAUUGUGCUCCAAUAUUGAGAGAGUCCCGGGGUCAAGAAGUCUACAAAUUUUACGCAUAUGCAAUGAACUGGUUUCUAGUCGAUUAAUUGAAAUUUCAAAUAUUGCUGAUGCCAUCAACCUUCUCCAAAUGUCAGAUUCCGAAAAUAUUCUCUCCCAAGAAUUUGUUGAACAUAUUUUAGAACUUUUUAACAAAAUUCCGAUCACCGAACAAACAAUAGCAUCACAAUGUUCAUUCUUUCGGCUAUGCAUCGAAAUUAUUUUGCUAAAUUCACCAUUGCGUAUUCACCUUUAUAAAAUACUUUUCGGAAAAGAAUCAUGUCCUCUUUUUGGCUCCGUUUUAUCAAGUGUUUUGAUUGAGGUCAUAAAAAUGGAAUCGGUGACCCUUCCCAGAAUAAUUCAAAAUACGUCCGCCAUUUUAGAUGACUCUAUUCAUCUAAAUGCAAUAAACGCUGCUCUCAAAAGCAAUCAUUUGGAUUCUCCUAUAUUUGCCUUGUGCGUUGAUGCGAUGCAAAGAAAUUUUUUUUCUUUCUGUUCGUUCCAAGAUUUAUUAAAUAGUUUCCAGGAUGCAGUCAAUAUCUUACGCAGCACAAAUGUCGAACCUUUACAGUCCAUAUUGGCUGUUGCCUUACUCAAAGAGUUUGUGAACAACCUUUGGAAAUCAUUGGUGUCGAUCAGGGACGCCACGAGAGAACCCUUAGAGUUUAACGUCGAUGUGGAUAUGAAUAGGCUAGUUAAAAAUAUCAAUCGAGCUAUGGAACGCCAAUCACUUCAAAUUCGUUCGUUAAAAUUAUAUUUCCUUCGUGAUUUAUAUGCCAAGGGACUUUCAUUGCAUGAGAUUAAAUGUUUUGGUAAAGUUCAAUGCGGAAUAUUUCCUUGGCUAAAUGAUCUCGAAUGGAGCGACGAUGACAAUCGAAUGGGCUUCGUGCCUUAUCGUUGCUAUGAUCAAUAUAACGAAGCAGAGGAAGCAUUUGAACCACUGUACACACGCGGGCAGCAUAUGAAAGCCGAAAAUUUUCUAAAUUAUGUUUUAACUGACUCAUCAAUAAGUAAAAAGAUGUCUUUAAUGGGGAUUGCCAUCUCUCGCCUUCGGGACAUAUGCGCCUUGCGUGAAUUAAGCCUGCACGAAAAAACGAUGAUUCAAUUUUUGCAAACUCAAUUAUCAAAUAUGCCAUUUGACAACUUUUAUCGAGAAAAAUUAUUAUCUUUCAUCACAAAUACCCAUCAACUUUAUCUUAUAUCACCGGAAAUAAGUCAGGCGGAGCUAUUGAUUCGGUCGGUUAUUGUUCACAUCAUCGCACUUCAUUCUUGCCUUUCUGCAUCAAAUUCUCCGUUAGCUGCAUAUCUGAAAUCAUUAAAGACUUGUAAAGAUACAUACAUACUAACAUCCAGUUCAGACGUUGAUGCGAACAUUCUUAUUGAAAUCGGAGAGGCGCUUGGUCAAUUUACACGUUACGAAUGCGAAUGUGGUUUUAAAUACAUUGUUACCGAGUGUGGUGACACAAGAGAAGAGGGCAUUUGUCCGCGAUGUAAAAGUCGUAUUGGAGGAAUAAACAAUAAGGUCAAUCCUGGAAAUAGACGUAUUGACGCUCAAACAAUUCGUGGAAAUGAAGAGACAAAUGAACGGACGGGCUAUGCUUAUGAGUCUACUGAAAGCAGGAAAGACUCCAACUAUCGUAUUCGUGAUAUGACAUCGGCAUCUUAUCGCGUGCUGCAUCUUUUCGUGCAUACGCUUAUUGCUGCAACUUCGCGUGAAGAUUGUCAGGACUUCUUCAACAACCUGCAAGAUCCAAAAGUGAUUAAAGAACCUAUUGAAUAUUGUAAGCGACACAUUGAAAAUGACUGGCAUAUUUUAACAUGUCUUUUUGAUUGUAACGAUGAAACCUUGGCGCUUGUUUUACACUCCAUUCUAUCUUCCAUGGCCAAAAAUCCAAUCACAACAUUCGUGAGAUUGGACACCAUGGAAAAACGGCGCCUUUGGGAACUUGAAUUUACUCAUCGUUACAUCACUUCCCAGGUAAUUAACGCUCAUAGUACUGCGUCAGAAUUCCAAAAGCUAGUGAAAAAUGUUCAACAUAAGCUCGAAAGCGAGAUCAACGAAACUUUAGGUGACGAAGAUUGUCAUGACAACUUUUAUCCUGGAAUUUGGAGACGGACUACUGAAGCAAGCUUUGAAAAUUUGCGGACAUAUUGCGCAAGAUAUCAAAAUUUUGCUAUAGAAUUUCCGUUUUUAUCGUUAUUCUUUGAAUAUGAAGAACGACUAUCAUUACUAAAAAAUCUUUCACCAAUUGUAAAUUUCGUACGAAUACUUUCUUCAAAAUUAAGUUUUCGUUUAAAAAGGGAGGACACUCUCCAUUUCACUUUCAAUAGAUUCCUCGAUAACGAAGGUCCAUCUACAGGGAAUUUGAAAAAAGCUUUUGAGAAUUUUUCUAAAGCUUGGAAUUUAAUUAGACAUCACAUUACACGAUAUAAAUGUCAAGAGUUCAUCAAACCAAUGCCUGAAAUGAACGGAAAUAUUUCUGUGUCCUAUGCAUUAGUCGAAGAAGAAAAUGAGUCUUUAUAUAUAUGCGGAGCGAUUGAGUAUCUGGUGAAUUUGCAAAAUAUAUUUUUGCAACAAGUUCUAACCAUCAAGCCCGAUUGUUCCUCACUAGGAUUUUUGGAACAAGAACAAUUCUUGAAUGAUAAGGUUGGAAAUCAAGCGUCCCAACGUCGAUAUAAAAUAAAAUCACUACCUCUUUCCAAGGCAAGUGACGAUAAUAUUAUAAAUUAUGAAUGGAAUUCUCAAUUGCUUUCCCAUAGCCAACGCGAUCUUAGGCUUGGUCACGGACAUAAGAUUCAAUAUGAAUUGUGUAAAAUUGAAACAGAAUUAGCACAUUCCUUGAUUUUUAACAAAGUUUAUUUAAGUGAGGGUCACAAAUCAUUCUGGCUAGACACAUUCACAUAUCACCAGGAACUAUUUUCAAACUAUCCAACAAUUCUGAGCGAAAUUAGAGAAUUUAUUCCUCAAGAAGUGAUCUCUGCUGACAAACUUGGGAUUCCACUCCCCGAAAAUCCAACUGAACUCUUAUCUGAACUCGAGAUAUUACUUUUCUUUUUGAAACAAACUUUGGGAGAUCGAGAGAUGAACAUUAUUGAUUACCUCAGUAAAUGGAUAAAGCUAUCAGCAUUAACCGGAAGUGACCAGUUCUGUAAAAUGACCAAAGAAUUACGAUUAAAACACGUGAUAUCCCUAUAUGAGAUGGUGGAAGGAAAGGUGGCAGAAGUGGAAAUUGAAUCUCUUGACGAAAAAUAUAAAUACAAGCUAUCAAAACAGUUACAAGAUGAAAUAGUAGCUGGAGUAGAUUUUGAACUGUCACAUGGUGUUGGUAGAAACCGUAUUAGAAAACUUAGAAUUCCACAUGAAGCAUUUGCAACCGCGUUAAAAAGGUUCAUGUUUCGUUAUUUACGAUCCGAAAGAUUUUCUGAAAAAGAUAAACUUGCCGACUAUUUAGCUGAGGAAAUCAUUAUCGAUUGCUGGCAAGCUUGGGUAUCUAAAGAUAUUAUUCGUGAAAAAUUUCCAAAGUCCCUAUUGGUUGCAAAUGCUUAUGAUGCGUAUAAAUUUAUAAUGAACAAAUUCAGGAUAAAUAGUGGUGGUGACGGUAAAAACGAACCCAUGGAUAACAAGAGAUAG